GGAGACGUUGAGAAUUGGAAACGACUGUAGAAAUUAAGAAUAUAUAUCUACUAGGGGAGUUUUCCAUUUUCAAUUCAAUUCUAGCCAAAGGGAUUUAAGCUAAUCAUGAACGUUUGAAAUUGAUGAAAGAUAAUCAAGUCCUAUUUCACAGGUUUUUUUGGUGAAUCAACAACUUUUCCACAAAUCGGACUGCAAUAAGAUUCCAUUCAUUUAAGAUUAUGAUCCUAGUAGCUUGUUUUUGCAAUGAAUUUCUUCUUUCCAAAAUAAAAUUUUUAUUGAAAUCAAUUUUGUUCUUAGUUCCAGAACUGUUGAGAGCAAAAGUGGACCAAUUUUUUCAAUAAUAACCGGAGCUACUAGCUCGCAAGAAGAUCUGGAAUUAAUUUUAGAUAAACCUUGAACCUUGAGCAGGUGGUAUACUUUUCCUAGGCCGCCCAAGAGUAAUAAAAGCAACACAGAUCUAAGUUGUCAAGGCCUUCCCAAUCCAAUCCUCAAUCUUUCACGGGAUUUAUGGCCAACCCAUUUAUCAUAAUCGUUCUUCCUUUGAUUCUGUGCUGCCCGCUUUCAUCUUCAUCUUUUGAUAUUCUAAGUGAGGGUUCAUCACUAUCAGUGGAAACUACAGACGAUAUUUUGAUCUCAGCAGAUGGAACUUUCAGUGCCGGAUUUCACCCCAUUGGCCAAAACGCCUAUAGCUUUGCCAUAUGGUUCAACAAACCUUCCUGCAGUUAUAACUGUACCCUGAUCUGGAUGGCAAACCGUGACCAUCCUGUCAAUGGUAGACAAUCAAAGCUCUCCCUGAUCAAAACUGGUAAUCUUGUUUUGACAGAUGCUAGACAUAUCAUUGUUUGGGCCACAAACACCUAUUCCUUAUCGCCUACACGCUUAAAACUCUAUGAUAGCGGCAAUCUGGUCCUGCAUGAUUUUGAGGGUGUCAAACUUUGGCAAAGCUUUGAUUCACCGACAGAUACGUUGCUUCCUCUUCAACAAUUCAACAAGGACUCUAGGCUUGUCUCGUCAAGAAGCCAAAUCAACUACUCUUCAGGUUUCUUCAAUUUUUAUUUCGACACUGAUAACGUCCUAUGUCUUUUGUAUGAUGGUCCUGAGGUUUCAAGUGUCUAUUGGCCAAGUCCUUGGCUUUUGAGAUCGGAAGCUGGAAGGUCCACGUACAAUGAUACCAGAAUCGCAGUACUAGAUACCUUGGGCAAUUUUAGUUCGACUGAUGAUUUUACCUUCAAGUCAGCUGAUUAUGGCUCAAAGAUUCAGAGAAGAUUGAAGCUUGAUUCUGAUGGCAAUAUUCGACUAUACAGUUUAAGCGAAGGGGGAGAAAAAUGGGUUGUUUCAUGGCAAGCCUUCCCUCAACCAUGCCUCGUUCAUGGUAGUUGCGGACCAAACAGUAUAUGCAUCUUCAUUCCUAAUUAUGGUAGGAAGUGUUCUUGCAUUCCAGGACAUAAGAUGAAGAAGCACACAGAUUGGUCCCUUGGUUGUAAACCUGAGUUUGAUCUUUCUUGUAAUGAAUCUGAGGCUGGUUUUCUGAAACUCCGUCAUUCUGAAUUUUACGGCUACGAUUAUGGUUUGUUUCCAAAUUACACCAUAGAGCAGUGUAAGAACUUAUGCCUUCAAGUAUGCAAUUGCAAAGGUUUCCAAUUUAUAGCCAUUGAAACCAUCCAACCAUAUACUACAUAUUGUUAUCCCAAGACUCAAUUAUGGAAUGGACAUCGUGAGCCAAGUUAUACUGCAGACUUCUAUUUGAAGUUGCCAAAGGCAAAUCUGUCCGCAUACAAGCCCGUUAAAGAUUACAAGCUAGAAUGCUCUCCACGAGUUGAGCAACUGGACCGGACAUAUUCAAAAAGCCCUGAAAGAUCACCACUGAAAUUUGUCCUUUGGUCUGCCAGUGUGAUUGGAGGAAUCGAGUUCUUUAUUAUCUUUUUAGUCUGGUAUUUCUUGAUUAGAACUCAUCAAGAUUCAUGCCCAAGGGGAGGCUACCAUCUCGCUGCAGCAAGCUUCAGAAAAUUCGUUUAUGCUGAGCUUGAAAAGGCAACGAAUGGUUUCAGAAAAGAAAUUGGAAGAGGCUCUGGAGGAAUUGUGUACAAAGGCAAACUGUCAGAUGAUCGAAUUGCUGCUAUCAAAAGACUGAUUGAUGCAAAUCAUGGGGAAGCUGAAUUCCUAGCAGAAGUGAACACAAUUGGGAAGCUUAAUCACAUGAACUUGAUAGAUUUGUGGGGAUACUGUGUGGAGGGAAAGCACAAGCUGUUGGUCUACGAGUACAUGGAACAUGGAUCCUUGGCGGAAAACCUCUCUUCCAAAACACUCGAUUGGGAAAAAAGAUUUCAAAUUGCAGUGGGAACAGCAAAAGGCCUAGCUUAUUUACAUGAAGAAUGUUUAGAGUGGAUUCUCCACUGCGAUAUAAAGCCUCAAAACAUUCUCAUAGACUCUAAUUACCAGCCAAAAGUUUCAGAUUUUGGCUUGUCAUGGUUGUUAAACAGAGGUGAAGUUAAGCAUUCAAAAAUCUCAAGAAUACGAGGAACAAGAGGUUACAUGGCCCCUGAGUGGGUGUUCAACAUGCCCAUUACCUCCAAAGUGGAUGUUUAUAGCUAUGGAAUCGUUUUAUUGGAGUUGGUUACCGGAAGGAGCCCAUCAAUGGUAGUCCAUGGAAUAGACGGUGAGCAUGUGUUGCAAAGAACGUUAACUAAAUGGGUUAGAGAUCAGACGAGUUUAACGGAAACAUGGAUGGAGGAGAUCAUAGACCCAACAUUGGAGGGGAAAUAUGACAAGGCUGAGAUGUCGAUCUUGGUUAAAGUAGCUCUUCAAUGCGUGCAGGAAGACAAAGACGCAAGACCGGCGAUGGGUGAAGUAGUUCAGAUGCUGCUUCGCCUUGGGGACAAACAAUAAGCAACGAAGGCAUUGUCAUGUCCCUGUCCCUUUCUGUCGGUCCAUUACGUCGGCUUACCAGCAUAACUUACCAGCAUAACUAAACGCACUUAAUUGUAUAGUUAUACUAUGCUUUAUAUAUACAUAUACUAUUUUCUUUGUUAUGAUACGUUGUGGGUUACUAAUUAAGCAUAAAAUGGAUUGAAAGGAUAGUAAUUCCCUGAGAAUAAUAUGUUU